UUGUUUUGUUUUUUUAAUUCCAUAGCUUUCGAUCAUGUCCAAAUGCCUCCUCAUUCUAUUCCUCAACCUUUGCAUUCUACAAAUUGUUAGAACACAAAAUUUUGAAACUGGAGAUAAUUCUACAGUUAGAGGAUGCUCAAAUCGUUGUUCAUACAAAGAUUCCUCUUUGCAAUGUUGGAACACUUCCCUUUUAUUUUUUGAAAAAAUAUUGCUUGGUCAAAUGAGGAAUUAUGUUGCUGUGCAAAUGAAUAUUGAUCAAUGGGCUAGAAGGCACAAGAAGCCAUAUGUUGAAGAUUUUGCUGGUGCAAAGAAACGUUCAAUUAAAUCAAUGGAAUCCUUUCUUCACGACGGCGAUAUCCUCAAAAAGGAAACAAUUGAAACAAUUGUUGAUGCUUUGGUGGAUUUGGCUGCACAACAAUCGAAUCAUUCUAUGCUUACUUGGAUGACUCAUUUCCAAUGUCCAAUUCCUUGCGAACAUAGAUACACUGUUUGGCGUAAUUUGUUCAUUCUGUCAACAAUUUUGAAUGUUUGCCUAUUUAUUUGUGUUCUUCCAUUAGUCAGACGAAUGCAUGGGGGAGAAUCUUCUGAACCUCUUAUUCAUAACAACUAA